AUGUCCUAUUACGACGUUGACGCCAUCUUGACCGACUCCCAAAAGCUGCCGUGUACGUUCGAGCUGGACGUGCCUGGGCUGGGAUUUCUGGAGGGCAAUGUCGGCGGAACAGUCAAGGCCGGCACGAAACUCGAUCUGCCCAUGUGGCUCGGGAUCAUGCUGGCAGUGUCGACAGGGAACACGCCUGGUUCGUCUCAGCUCGUGACGCUGGACUUUCCCACGCCACUGCAACAGCGUGUCAUAAAUGCCCUGAAGGCGGACCCGAGAACGGUCGACCUGCGGGCCCAAGCACCGCAUUUCUAUGCCCUGGGAGCGCGAAUUAUGGAGCUGUUUGACGAUCGCGCUGUGUUGGAUACGCUACUAAGUACAUUCAAAUUGCGAGCCGCGGAAAUCGCAGACCAGGCGCUCAAUCCGCGCGGCGCGUUAGGUGAAGGUGCCGAAUUCCUCAGAGGUUUGGAUGAAACCGAACGCCAGCUGUUCAAGGCGGCCCAUGAAGGCCCCAAGGCGGUGAGAGCCUGGACGCUGGAUUUGAAGAAGAAUACAUGA